UCUCUUUCAACUCCCUUUCGCUGUAGUCUCGUAAAACUGCCGCGAGAAUAAGUCCCCAUUCCAGUCGUUCCAAGCUUCAUUUCCUCUCCAUCUCUGCAAAAAACCUUACAAAAACCCUCAUUUUCCAAAACCGCCUCCAUUCCCAAAUCCCUUCCGCCAUGGAUGAGGUCUGCGAAGGAAAAGACUUCUCCUUCCCGAAGCAAGAAGAGAAGAUACUUCAGAUGUGGGAAGACAUCUCCGCCUUUGAGAACCAGCUCAAACGCACGGAAUCCAUGCCCGAGUACGUCUUCUACGAUGGCCCGCCCUUCGCCACGGGCCUGCCGCACUACGGUCACAUCCUCGCCGGCACCAUCAAGGACAUCGUCACCCGCUACCAGACGAUGAUCGGCCACCACGUCACCCGUCGGUUUGGGUGGGACUGCCACGGUCUGCCCAUCGAGUUUGAGAUCGAUACCAAGCUGGGGAUCAAGAGCCGGGAUGAUGUGCUCGCGAUGGGGAUCGGGAAUUACAAUGAGGAGUGCAGGAGCAUCGUCACGAGAUAUGUUGAGGAGUGGGAGAAGAUUGUCGCUAGGACGGGGAGGUGGAUCGAUUUCAAGAACGGCUACAAGACAAUGGAUCCAUGGUACAUGGAAAGCUUGUGGUGGGUUUUCUCAAAGCUCUACGAGAAGGGCCUGGUGUAUAGGGGGUUCAAGGUUAUGCCAUACAGCACUGGCUGCAAAACACCACUUUCGAAUUUCGAAGCUGGGUUGAACUAUAAGGAAGUAGAUGACCCUGCAAUCAUGGUUUCCUUUCCAAUAGUUGAUGAUCCAGAUAAUGCAGCUCUUGUGGCGUGGACGACAACACCAUGGACUCUUCCUAGCAAUCUCGCUCUUUGCGUCAAUGCAGAUUUUGUCUAUGUAAAGGUUCGGGACAAGUCAACUGGGUCAACAUACAUUGUUGCAGAAUCUCGGAUGUCCCAGUUGCCGAGCAAGAAAACCAAAUCAGACGCGCCCAAUGGGUCUGUUAAAGAUGCAAAACCUCCAAAUUCAAAGAGCAAGGGGUCCUCAAGUGAAAAAGUGAAGAGUGGAAUAGAUACUGGAUCCUAUGAGCUGCUGGGAAAAGUUUCAGGUGCUUCCCUGGUGAGGUUGAAGUAUCUGCCGCUGUUUGAUUAUUUCUCAGAGCUCUCAGAUGCAGCAUUCAGGGUUGUUUCAGACAACUAUGUUACUGAUGAUAGCGGGACUGGGGUUGUUCAUUGUGCUCCUGCAUUUGGUGAAGAUGAUUAUCGUGUCUGCCUUAAUUCAAAUAUUAUCCAGAAGGGUGAGGACCUAGUAGUAGCAGUUGAUGAUGAUGGGCAUUUUACUGGGAAAAUCUCUGACUUUAAAGGCCGCUAUGUGAAGCAUGCUGAUAAGGAUAUUAUAACUGCAGUGAAGGGAAAAGGCAGGCUUGUUCAUAUAGGAAGCAUUAAGCAUUCUUAUCCAUUUUGUUGGAGAUCAGAAACUCCUCUUCUUUAUAGAGCUGUUCCAAGCUGGUUUGUUGCGGUAGAAGAGAUUAAAGAGCAAUUGCUAGAGAGUAAUAAACAGACAUACUGGGUUCCUGAUUAUGUGAAGGAAAAACGUUUUCACAAUUGGCUGGAAAAUGCUAGAGACUGGGCAGUUAGUAGAAGUAGAUUUUGGGGUACUCCUCUUCCUGUGUGGAUUAGUGAAGAUGGCGAGGAGAAAGUUGUUAUUGAUUCAAUUGACAAACUUGAAAAACUUUCUGGCGUUAAGGUUACUGAUUUGCACCGUCACAAAAUUGAUCAUAUCACCAUUCCCUCCGAACGUGGCCCUGAAUUUGGCUUGCUUCACCGUGUCGAUGAUGUAUUCGAUUGCUGGUUUGAGAGUGGGUCCAUGCCUUAUGCUUACAUCCACUAUCCAUUUGAGAAUGUUGAACUUUUUGAAAAUAACUUCCCUGGACACUUUGUAGCCGAGGGGCUUGAUCAAACUCGUGGAUGGUUCUACACGUUAAUGGUGUUGUCAACAGCAUUAUUUGGAAAGCCCGCAUUUAAGAACCUCAUUUGCAAUGGUCUUGUCCUUGCUGAGGAUGGAAAGAAGAUGAGCAAAAGGCUGAAAAACUAUCCUUCACCUAUGGAAGUCAUAGGUGAUUAUGGAGCUGAUGCAUUGCGAUUAUACCUCAUCAAUUCGCCGGUUGUACGUGCUGAGCCUUUACGGUUUAAAAAGGACGGAGUGUAUGGUGUUGUGAAAGACGUCUUUCUUCCAUGGUACAAUGCAUAUAGGUUCCUUGUUCAGAAUGCAAAGAGGCUUGAGGUUGAGGGAUCUGCACCAUUUGUACCUACUGACCAAGUCACUCUUCAGACAUCAUCCAAUGUGCUUGACCAGUGGAUCAACUCUGCCACUGAGAGUCUUGUUCACUUUGUCCGCCAAGAAAUGGAUGCAUAUCGGUUAUACACAGUGGUACCAUAUCUUUUGAAAUUUAUUGACAACCUUACAAAUAUAUAUGUGCGGUUCAACCGUAAGAGGCUAAAGGGUCGCACUGAAGAAGAGGAUUGCAGGAUAGCGCUUUCAUCUCUCUACCAUGUUCUUUUAACUACGUGCAAGGCAAUGGCUCCAUUCACGCCAUUCUUCACAGAAGUUCUUUAUCAAAACUUGCGUAAGGUUUCAAACGGAUUGGAGGAAAGCAUUCAUUAUUGCUGUUUUCCUCAUGCAGGAGGAAAGAGGGAGGAACGCAUUGAACAAAGUGUUGCAAGGAUGAUGACUGUCAUUGAUCUUGCCCGAAAUAUUCGGGAGCGUCACAACAAGCCUCUGAAAACACCACUUAGGGAGAUGGUUGUAGUUCAUCCAGAUACAGACUUCCUUGAAGACAUCACUGGAAAACUUGGAGAGUAUGUGAGGGAGGAGCUAAAUAUCAGAUCAGUGGUUCCAUGCAAUGAUCCUUUGAAGUAUGCUUCUUUACGUGCUGAACCUGAUUUCAGUGUAUUAGGUAAACGUCUGGGAAAAGCGAUGGGUGCCGUCGCAAAGGAGGUCAAGGCCAUGUCUCAGGCUGACAUUAUAGCAUUUGAGAAAUCUGGAGAAGUUACCUUAGCCGGUCAUUGUUUGAAGUUGACUGAUAUUAAGGUUGUUCGUGAAUUCAGGCGGCCUGAUAAUGUGAUGGAGAAGGACAUAGAUGCAGCUGGAGAUGGUGACGUGUUGGUGAUCUUGGAUCUUCGUCCCGACGAGUCACUGUUUGAGGCUGGAGUUGCCCGCGAGGUCGUUAAUAGAAUUCAGAAAUUACGCAAGAAAGCUGGACUGGAACCUACUGAUAUGGUGGAGGUCUACUUUAAGUCACUGGAUGAUGAUAAAUCUGUUUUGGAUAAUGUUCUGAAUUCUCAGGAAAACUAUGUAAGGGAGGUGCUUGGUGCUCCUUUACUUCCCUCUGUGUUGACUCCACCAGAUGCUGUCAUACUCUGUGAGGAACAGUUCCACGGAAUUUCUGGAUUGUCAUUUGUUAUUAGCUUGACAAGGCCGACACUAUCAUUCAAUUCACAAGCUGUCCUCACACUAUAUUCAGGAAAUGAUAAGCAUGCCAAAGGUUUAAAGACGUAUUUGCUGUCAAGGGAUCACUCUAAUUUGAAGUCAGAAUUUCACCAAAGCAAUGGCAAGAUAAAGGUGGAUUGCAUUGAAGAUCAGCUUGCUGUGGAUGUGAUUUUAGGGCAACAUGUCUUUCUAACCGUUGGGGAUUGUUAUUUGAGUAAAAGAACAGACUAAAAUUCCUCCAUCGGAGGAGAAAAACAAGAGGAGAGAAAAUAAAGAAUUCUCAUUGGGUGUGAGAUUAUAUAUAGAAACAUUAUUUAAAUAUUUGUCAAAUACCUGUCAAUUUUUAGGCACACCCGAUACACAUUGGCUGUAGCAACAUCUUACAUAUUUGUUUUGUUGUAGAACACAAUUAAUUAAUUAAUAUCAUGAGAUUUUUGAGUCCCUA